CUGAUUCUGAAAGGAUCCAGAUUUUUUUGUGUAAAAUAUUGCUAGAUGCAGAAGUGUCUGGAUGUGUUUGUGUGGGAAACACGUACAUUUGUGUGUGUCCGUUUGUCUAAAGUAGACAUGGAUCUGGUAGGAUCUGACUUUUACCCACUUCCAAUUGGGGAUGUUUAAUGAAGCCUGGGUCUACUUUUACCCUCUCAUCUGUGUGGUAUGUAGAAAGUGUUUAGUCAGUUUACAAUAUUGACGUUAAUUUGCUUAGCACAUAAACCAGACCAUCUUGUUCAAAUAAGCAGCACACCACAAAAUUUAGUUUUACACUGUUUACAGAUCAGUUUGUAGCUGUUUACAUAAUAUGUCACCAUUUUUUGGGGGAUGUUACUGUCUAGUAUAAGGUAAGGAAUAUAGUUUAAUAUCAGUAGAUUUGAAUAAGUAUCAUUAUUAUUUAUUUUUAUUUUAAUUAGGGGGCCCAGAAAAAAAUCUUCCAGUAGGGCCCUCUGUUUAUUAAUUCCACAACUACUUUCUUCAAAUUUGUCCAAUGGAAUUGUAGUCCACAUACUCUAUGCGCACUAAUUUACAGAAUUUGGGGUGUGCACGGGUGACAGUUAUGCAACAUGAUGGCCUCAACAGUUCAGACACUGACGACAGAGGAUCUUCUCCUAAAGUUAAAAGACGCUGGGAUACAAGUCACUGAAGAUGAAGUACAGAAAUUCAGAGAGAAUGAGGUGGAUGGAGAAACAAUAGAGUGUGGCCUCACUGAGAACAUGAUAUCAUACUUAUUUGAAGGUUCAUUUAAAAAACAGGCCAAAUUCAACAAAUUAAUACGGGAGAUGAAGGAGGUGGUAACGAUAACUCUAUAACCAGUGCCACCAGAAUGCUAUCAGCAGCUUUCAACUACAGAAAUAAAUGGAACAAGUGGGAGACUGCCUGCUGGUUUUGUCAUUCCACCAUUUCCCAGAGAUCUUCAGACCAGACUCGAUAACAAAGAAACAUGUCAGAAAUCCUCCAAAGAUAGACACAGAAUCAUUAGAGUUCUCCAUGAAGCUAUGAUAGAACACACAUUGUAUCCCACCAAUGCAGAAUAUGUACAAGUUGUUAAAGCACUUAUUGUGAAAUAUCCUUUCCUUAAGGAUCUGGAAGGGAAUGGUUAUCAUACUUGGCACCAAUCCCUCAAGCGAAAAUUCAAAGCAGAGCGUGCACCUCUGGUUCUUGAUGAAGAGGUAAGAAAGAGCAAGGAGAAGUUUGGGCACAAGAGAGUGAGACUAUCGGAAGAAACUUCAGGAGCCUGUCAGAGAUCUAUGUCAGGGGAGAUCGCGGUAAUUGGUGAGGAUGCAUCUUCUAUUGAGAGUCAUGUGAAUGUCUUGCAUAUUCAGUAUAACAAGAUGAGACCAGACACCUUGGUUGUCAAAGACCGAAUGCAGCAAACUUUUGCAUGGCGGAGAAGGGAGAUAAGAGAUGGAAUGACCGUGGAGGACAUACUUAAGAAAUACCCUUUCUUAAAAACACCCUCAGGGCUGUGUGAUGAAGUUGACCGAAUCCAUUCAUCAACUGUCAACUUAGGCCAGCGCUUUAAGGAGGGCUUUACCAGUAUUGUGCCAAAGGUGCUUGAGCUUGUUCAAAGAAAUAUUCCCUUGGCCAAAAUUUACAAAGAAGCACGAGAAGAGAUGCUUGCAGAAGAUCUUCCAGAUUCUGACUUCCGUGCAGCACUGAUUCUAUUGCCCUACAUCUUUAAAGAGAAAGUUGAGAACUUCAUCACACUGGGAGAGUGUAAUGCUGAUACUCCAUACCCAACCAUACAGUUGGUAGAAACUGGUUGGAAAAUGGCUUUCUCUAGGAGAGUUCACGUCCUUGUCAAAGUAGAUGGUCUUGAGGUGUGCAGAGGAAUAGGAGUUGAAGAAGGGAUAAUUGCAGCAUUCAGCACCUACUUUGUUUUCAACUUGGCUUACCCACCCUACAUGAAAAAUACACUGUCCUUCCUGCAGCGUGCUAUAGCAAAGAUUACUGAGGUGGGUGAAAAGCCCCUUCCAAUAACUGUUACCCGAAUAAUUAAUAUCCUGUGCUGAAUAUGCCACGACCAUAUAGAUGCCCAAGGUGUAGAAGAACAACCUUCACCUUAAUGAAACUAAUACAACAUGUUGGUCUGGUUCACAACCAUGAACCCAAUUUCAACAUCACUUGUGGAUUGAAUGACUGCAAAUCAUCUUUUACAGUAUAUGAGUCUUUCAGGCGUCAUGUCUAUCGCAAACAUAGGAAGCUUGUGCAACCUCAUGACGAUAAGGAUGAUGCUGAAUACAUGGACUAUAAUUUGGAGAACAUGGACUAUCACAAUGAUCUGGAGAAUAGUGGUGAUCUACAGCCUAGGACCGAGGAAAUGCAUCCACCUAGUAGGAAUGAGCUUUUAACAAAUUUUAAAGAAAAUUUCUUUAGUUUCAUACUUAAAUGUAGAGAAAAAAAUCACAUUCCACAGACUGUCCAGCAGGAAAUGGUGAAUGACAUAAAUUUUUUAUUUUGUUAUUUUAAAGAGAAUUACGACUCUUUUAUUACUUAUCAUCUUCAAAAAAAUGGGUUCAACAUUUUGGAAUGUCCAGAAUUAAAAGAAAUAGUGCAGUCAAGUGAUUUUUUUUGAAGAAGCUUCCAAAGUUGUUAGCUCCCCACAUAUGUUGAAAGAACAUUGUAAAUCUCAGCUUAAGUUGGUAGAACCGGUACAUCACAUUUUGAGGUCACAAAGUGGACACAAAAUAGGUACAUAUUCUUAUGUACCCAUCACUGAGGUUUUUUUUUUUUUUUUUUUUUUUUUUUUUUUUUUGAGAUAUUUUAUUAUAUAUAAAGUUUUUAUUGAACAGGUUCAUAAAACAUGACAUAAGAUACACAGUACAAUGUAUAAUAGUGUGCUAUUAAAUUCCAUCUGAUUGCUAUUACAGGUUAUGAACAUGCAGCUUCUGCUGUGUAUCCGCAAGGACAAGAAAAAAGAGAAAAAAAAAAAUCUUUUAUAUAUAAACCGCAUAGGCCUCUAAAUAGGCCAACUUUAGCAUCUUGUCCAGUUAUAUUUGAGGGAACCUUUUUCAAAAUAAUUAAAUAAAAAGAAAAAGAAAGAAGGGGAGGAAGGGGAAGAAAAGGGGAAGAAAAAAAAAAAAGAAAGAAGAGGAAAAGAAGAGGAUAACCGUAGUGAUGUAGAAGGGGUGAAGCAGUAGAAGGGAGAGAAAGAGGAGAAACAUAGGAGGAAGUGUAAAAAGAAGAGGGGAAAUCCAGAAGAGUGGGUAAUGAAGUAAUCUCUCCAAUAUCACCUGUCCCAUAGCAUAAUGUAACAUCAUUGGUCAGAAGCUCGAGUAAGGUCGAAAUUAUGUUGGUACCUGCAGUGAUUCCCAAUAAAGUUUUAUAUUUAAAAACAUGUCAUGUCUAUUUCGUUUAAGAUAAGAGUAUUCUUCCAAAAGAAUAAGUUCUUGUGUUCUAGCUGCCCACUCCGUAAUUGUUGGGACAUUUUGGGAUUUCCAUUUUCUGGCAAUUAGGGAUUUUGCUCCAUUUACGCAAAUUUGAAGUAGGGAAAGUCUAAGUUUACAGGAGAUCCUAGGCCUAGCGUUGAACAGUAUGAUCAUUGGGUUAAAAUUAAAUGUAGUACCUAGUAACGGGUGUAAUAUCUUUUCUAAGGAGUCCCAAAAGGUCCGCAGGCUAGGGCACGACCACCAUAUGUGUGAUAAAGUUCCCUCACCCCCACACCCCCUCCAGCACAAAGAAGAAACCUCAGGGUAUAUCAUUUUCAGUCUGACUGGUGUCAUAUACCACCUUGAAAGAAUUUUAUAGUUCAUUUCGAGGAUCUGGGAAGAAGACGACGUUUUGCCAGUAAAUUCAAACAAUUUAUACCAGUAAUCCGGUGUAAUGUCUUGGUGCAAUUCUUCCUGCCAGGAUUGAGUGUAUGUCGGUAAUGUUCUAUGUACACAAUGGUCUAUAAUUCGCCUCGACAUAGCAAGAGUUCCUCUUGAUGUAAUGGCAGCUCUGCAAAGCGUUUCAAAUGGGGUGAGAGAGCGUGUAAGCUGAGAGCUAUGUGGGGAAACUCGCAGCAGAUUUUGCAAUUGGGAGUAUUUCAACCAGUUAGUAAAUGUACCUUCCAGAACUUCAGAUAAGUCUUGUCUCGGCCUAAGUUUCCCCUGGGAAAGAAAAUCCACCAGCGGAGAUGAAAACCCCAACUCUUUAUAGUGUAUGUCCCCCGUUGAGAGAUGGAUGCCUAAUAGUAAUUCAGUGUCUUGGAAAAUUGGUGUCAUGGGCGAGUGGGGUGUGGAUAUGCCUUUUAUAUGGGUAAUUAUUGUAUCCCAGGUACGAAAGAUGUGUCUAUAAAGAGGGGAUGAUCUAGCUCUAGUUGGGCGAUAUUUAUCCUGCAGCCAGCAAAUUGGGCCUACUUUGGGAGUUUUCAGGAUAUGCGUGUCUAGGGGGAUCCAUGCCUUAUCUUGAGAGCUAUUGUGCCAAUUUAGUAUACGUUGUAGUACGUUAGCCUGAUAAUAUCGGAGUAUAUGGGGAGUACCCAACCCACCAUCUCUCCUAGAUCUAUAUAUAUUUUGCCUAGCCACUCUCGGUUUUUGUCCUCCCCAUAUAAAAUCGUUGAGGAUAGAUUGGAGCUGUUGGAGAUAGGUAUGGGGGAGAUGAAUAGGGAUAGUCUGCAAUAAAUAAAGUAUUCGAGGCAACAAUGACAUUUUCGUGAUUUGGUUUCUGCCCCACCAAGAGAAAUAUUUAUUUCGCCAAGAUUGGCAGUCCCUCGAUAUUUCUUGUAAGAGCGGUGUGUAAUUGGAUUUAAAUAGGGAUGUCAGUCGUGGUGUAACGUUAAUACCUAAGUAUCUGAUGUGAUCACUGUUUAGUUGGUAUGGACAGACCUGGGCCAGAUUUGAGAACUUAUGGGCGUUCAUUGUAAAAUUUAGAAUGUUAGAUUUCUGGUUAUUAAUCAGGAAGUGGGAGAGGCUCCCAAAACGGCUAAAUUCGGUCAAUACGGCCGGUAGAGAUAUACUAGGAUUAGAUAAGGACAACAGUAUGUCAUCUGCAUAUAAGCUUAUUUUAUAAUUGUUGGGGCCUACGGCUAUCCCAGUGAUGUUAGUAUUUAGCCUAAUGUGGGAUGCUAGGGGUUCCAUUGCAAUAGCAAAUAAUAGCGGGGACAGUGGGCACCCCUGCCGUGUACCAUUAUUUAUUUGAAAAGACUCAGACAAAAUACUAUUUACCCUGAUUCUAGCUGUGGGAUUACUAUAUAGACUGAAUAUCCUGUUAAUCAAUUUAUCUCCAAACCCAUAUCCAGUCAACACCGAGCGAAGGUAUACCCAGUUCAUCCUAUCGAACGCUUUUUCCGCGUCGGUUGAGGCCAGGACCAUCUCAAUAUUAGAGGUUGUAGCAAAAUCGAUCAAAUGGAGCGUCCUAAUUGUAUUAUCCCUGGCCUCCCGACGCGGAAUAAAGCCCGCCUGGUCUGUGUGGAUAAUAUGAGGCAACAGCGUACUAAGUCUAGUUGCCAAUAUCUUGGCAUAUAUUUUAGCGUCCGUAUUUAUGAGGGAUAUAGGCCUGUAGCUGCCUGGUUCAAGUGGGGACUUCCCUGUUUUAUGAAUUAAUGUAAUGUGGGCCGAUAAAAAAUCUGUGGAAAAAGAUCCGUUUUCGUCUAUUGAAUUAAAUAAUCUAAGCAGGUGUGGCAGUAAUAUAUUUUUAAAUGUUUUGUAAUACAAAUUGGAAAAACCGUCGGGUCCCGGGCUUUUUUGCAUUGGUAGAGAUUCAAUGGCCUUUAUGAUUUCCAAAGGGGCAAUGGGUUCAUCUAAGCCUGCGGCCUCCUCCUUCGAAAUCUUAAUUAAGUCAGCCUCCCUAACAUAUGUAUCCAUAUCGCUAGUCUCUUCGGGGGAGUCUAUUGGUGGUAAAUUAUAUAGUUUACUGUAGUAGUCAUGAAAUGUUGAGGCAAUUGACUUACUAUCUUGUAUCUCCUCACGAUCUACGUUAUAUAGUUUUUGGACAUAGGAGUUAAGCGUUCUUUGGCGUAAAGCUCUGGCUAAUAGCCUUCCGGCUUUGUUUCCUUCUGAGAAAUAUAAUCUCUUUAGAUAAAAGGCUUGUCUUUGGGCUUCUUUUUGUAACUGGGUAUUAAACUUAUUUCUUGCAAGGGCAAGGUCUCGAUUUAUGAUGGGAUCUAAAGGGUGCUGGAAAUGGGCCUGCUCAAGGGUCGAUAAUUGGUGUUCAAGCGUGCUAUAGUCUGAUUUCCUACGCUUAGUAAGAAAUGCUUUGUGUUUGAGAAAAAUGCCCCUUAUUACCGCCUUGUGUGCAUCCCAUAGGGUACUGGGAGUAAUAGAAUCAGUCAUAUUUAUUCUAAAAUACUCAUUCAGGGCUUUAGAGAUUUGUUCUGUAAAUACUGGAUCUUUUAAAAGUGUUUCAUCCAGUCUCCAGAUGUAUUGGGAGAGUGGAGCCGAGGGCCAAACAACGGUGAGCGUGACCAUAGAAUGGUCCGACCAGGGAAUUAGGGAAAUAGUGGUGGAGUCUAUAAUGUGUAAGCUAAGUUGGUUUACUAAAAUGUAAUCUAUUCUAGACCAGGACCUAUUCGGGUGUGAGUAAAAUGUAAACUCUUUCUUCUGGGAAUGUUGCAACCUCCACACGUCUACUAGGGAGUGGGCUGAUAAAUUGGUAUUAAUGCUUUGUAAUGUGGAUAUGGGGAUCCCACUCCGUCCGUGAGAGCAGUCGAGCAAAGGUGACAGAGCUACAUUAAAGUCGCCUGCGUAGAUAACAAUUCCCCUAGUAGUAGGCAAGUAUCUGUCCAAGGUCUGCCUAAAAAACUUAGCUUGUGCUCUAUUGGGGGCAUACACAUUCACCAGUGUAACCGGUUGAUUGUAUAGAGUGCCCUGUAAGAUAAGAAGUCUACCCUCUUUAUCCUGUUGUUUGGCAGUUAGUUGAAACGGUAAUCUCCUAUUAAAGAGAAUGCCUACUCCAUUUGUUUUACUGUCGUUAUGAGAGAAAUAGCCAAGCGGGUAUGUGCUGGAGGAGAGUGCGGGGGCCCCCUCACGACUAAAGUGUGUCUCCUGAAUAAAGAUAAUGUCGCCCCCCAGCCUGCAAAACCAAUUCAGGGCUACUGAUCUUUUUGUUGGGGAAUUAAGGCCCUUGACGUUUUGGGAAAAAAUUUUUAGUUUAGGGAGGGACAUAAUAAUCUAAGGGUCUGAGCAGCAUAGAGGGGCUAGAACUUACUGGAAUUAAAGGGUGUACCUGCAUGUCUAUAGAUUCCCAUCUCUGGGAUGAGGGGUACUUACUGUGUAACCGAGCUUCUGGUGGCCAAAAAUGAUGUGCAUGAAUGGUACAUAUAAUGCAACAGAUAAUACAGAGAUUGGUAUGUCGAGAGAUCCUCUGGGGGUAGAGAAAAAGGUGAUUAUUGAGAGAAAGAGAGAGAAGAAGAGGGAGAAAAAGUAAAUAAAUAACAAAAAACAAAGACAUUACAGUAAAAUACAAACCUAACCUACCUACAGCAAUUGAAAAAUGGCUCAAGAACAUUGAGCUAUAGGUCAGGGCUAAUACUAUUCUGUUCUAAAUGCAAACAUAUAGGAGAACAUAACAUUCUUAACUAAUAUAAUCUCCAUCCACUUAAAUCUUACUGCCAUCUAACAGUGCAGAGCUAAAAUUAAAAGUGUAAGAUUAACAUAACUAAACAAUGUAAAAAUAAAAAUAAAACUGCAAUAAACAUCACUUUGUGGCUUCCAAUUUUGGAAGCCUAUCUUCUGGAACUCAUAGUGAAACUGUUACCCGAUUUAGGGUCAACUAGCAAUGCUAGAUGGAGACGGCUAGAGGGUAUUGGGUCAUCAUACCACCUUAGCAAAAAAAAAAAAAAAAAAAAAAAAGUAUUUUCCGGCUUAUAAGGCUGUGUCCAUCUAUUCUAAAGUACUAUUACCACAUAGUCGUCCACAUAUAGGAAGUACUGUUCAUAGGUGGGUCGCCCCCUGGGGAGCAUCAAGAUGAGGUAGAAAAGGAAACACCUUUCCAGAAGUAAAGUGGUGGAAAAAGUUCAGAUAGAUACUAAAGGACCUCAGGUAGGUGUUUGUUGAGCAUCAUCUUGGCCUGAGAAGGGGGUAGCAACAGUCUUGUCUUUUCUCGAUCUUUUCCGGUUGACUGUGGUCCAGCCCAAUCUUUGGGGUCUGGGGGCAUGGGUGUCUUGUUGAUCCUGAUCAGACUUGGAUUCAUUAAGUUUGGGAAGGGUAGGUAGAGGUAUGUUCAAUUGUUUACAGAAAGGUUCAAUAUCUUCCAGCGAUCUAUAGGUGAAUGUCUGUGAACCCCGAAUCACCCUAAGGCAAAACGGGAAACCCCAUCUAUAAGGUAUCUUCAGUGUUUGUAGAUGUUGUGUUAAGUACCUGGCCUCUCUCCUUUUACCAAGUGUGAUAGGGCUUACAUCUGCGUAUACCUGUAGAUGACUAUCUUCAAAGCAAAUAUUCUGUUUUUUCCGAGCUGCAGUAAGGACCAGUUCCUUGUCUUUGAAGAGUUGAAAUUUUAAAAUCACAUCUCUUGGCGGAUCCGUAGGUUUCGGAGGUGGUCUGAGUGCCCUGUGGGCCCUAUCUAGUGGGAUAGAAGGUAAUUCAGAUUCAUCAGUAAUAUGCUGAAAGAUUUUUUGCAGGUAAUCCUCAAGUAGAGGGGGGAGGAUAGUCUCUGGGAUACCCCUAAUCCUAAGGUUUUAACGUCACCCCCUAUUGUCCAGAUCUUCUACAUGGGUUUGGAGGUUGUCUAUAGUGACACUCUGUUGGUACGCCUGUCUGGAAAGUAAUUCAAGCUCUGAGUUGAUAUGAUCAGAUCCUUCCUCCAAGUAUUCCAUUCUAUCCCCUAGAUCAUUAAUGUCCUUCCUGACCUCUUUAAGGCCAUCCUUUAUGAGUUGACUGACCUGUGAUAGCAGUGCAGCAAAGUCAUCUUUGGUGGGUAAAAAAUUUAAAUCUGCCCUUGUGAGUGGUCUGGUGUUCCUAGAGGACGUUUGAGAUUGUAUUGAUUCAUCAGAGUCACUCAUGUUAUCUUGCAUUCCAGCUGCCGGCCCAGGGGUGGCUUCUAAGGGCUUAAAAAAUUCUUUUAGCAUAGAUGGGUUUUGCAUGUUUUUUAGGCUCUUACUGCCUUUAGGUGCUUUUUUCUGUCCGUUAACAGACAUCUUGCAGCGUCUGGAGUAGGUGAUGAAGGUCUAUUAACUCAGAUUGGACUCUCUCUUAUUCUCUAGACCAGAUGUAGACAGAGGUUUAAGAAGCCACAGUUUGAUUAAAUAUUGGCGUGAUCACCCACCAUUAGGUUAUAUUUAGAAAUUUCUUAGUCGGGUUCCCCGCUGUCAGUGUAUAUAGCAGAGACUCGUGGCGUUAAAUCACAAUGUGUGUUGUGCCUGGCCUGUUAGUUUGUGGUGCGGCAUAAUUACUUAGCGUGUAGCAUAUUCAAAAAAGUGAUCUAGCUCGCUCGUGGCUUAUUCUCAGCUUGUCCCAAAAUAUCAUGUCUCAGCUCUCAGUGGCUGGCCGAGUUCAGAGUGUGCAGCAGUGAUGACGAGGCCUUGCUGUAAUGUGGGCCAUCGGGGAGGGCAGGCCCUAAUGGCGCACUACUCACUGUCUCAGACGGCGGUUCUCUUACUUGUGCUGGGCCGGUUCAGGUCCGGAACAUCUUUCCCGAUCUGCUCCAAGGAGGUAUAGCGGCGGGUAUGAGUUGCGAUGUGUCGCCUCGCAGCCUGCAGAACAGGCCUCCGUAGUGUCCAGAUAUGGCGGCGGUUAACCUCCGAUAUGUUGUGGUGCGGUGCUGCUUUUCAAUGCUGGAUAAAGCACCAGGGCACUGUUGAAUAGCUGACCUGUAGGUCGAUGUGGAGAUAGAUCAGCUUUUUAUGCUCCUAAAUAGGCUUUUUAGCCCUGACAGACACGGAGCUCACUCAUGUGCGUCCUCCAUGAUGAGCUGCUAGCUCCGCCUCCCAUCACUGAGGUUUUAACUAACUAUUGUUCACAUGAAGACAUAUUUGAUGAAAUUCAGGCUAACAAUUAUCUAGACAGAGAUGCAGAUUAUUUAAGUGACUACUCAGAUGGUAUAUAUUUCAAGGAAAAUCCCUUCUUUAAUGUUAAUCCUCAUGCCCUGCGUCUUCAUUUCUAUGAAGACAAAUUUGAAGUUGUCAACCCCUUAGGUUCAAAGAGAAACAAACACAAGCUUUGUGCUUUCUAUUAUAUGGUAGGCAACCUCAAACAUCGAUCAAAACUGAAGCACAUCCAUCUGGCUUUGUUAGUACGUCAAACAUUUGUAAAACUCUAUGGUUUGGUAACCAUCUUAAAACCCAUGUUAGACGAUCUUAAAAAACUUGAAAGUGAAGGGUUCACUGUAACUGUAGGUGGGAUUGAGCAGACUAUUCAUGCUGCACUAGCAACAUUUUCAGCAGAUAAUCUUUCAGCGCAUAUGAUAGGUGGUUUUACAAUGUCAUUUAACUCUGCUAGAGUUUGCCGUUAUUGCAUGGCAACACACACAGAAAUUAAAGAAAAAUUCAGAGAGGACGAUUUUGUUUUAAGAACCCCAGAGGUUCAUCAGUACCAUCUGACAUGUAUUGAUAAUGCUGAGGAUAAAAGAAUGUAUGGUGUAAAUAGUCUCUCACCAUUUAAUGAGCUAAAGUAUUUUGAUGUGACAAAGGCAUUUCCUCCUGAUAUAAUGCAUGAUUUAUUAGAGGGGGUUAUUCCGCUUACAAUGAAGCUAGUUCUGACCUGGGCUCACAAAGAGAAACACAUUACUAUUUAUGAAGUAAAUGAAGAACUUAAGCAACUUUCAAUUGUUCAAAAUGACAAGAGAAAUACACCAGUACAGUUGUCAGAGAGAAAUUUGCACAAUGGAAUUAUUGGAUCAGCUUCACAAAAGUGGUUUCUGUUUAGGAUUUUGCCAUUUUUAAUAGCACACCGAGUACCACCCAAUAGCAAAUAUUGGAAUGUUUUCCUGUUAUGUCGUGAAAUUGUUGACAUUGUCAUUGCCCCAAGGGUGAAAAAGGAGAACCUAGCAAUGUUAGAUGUACUUGUUUGCGAGUUCUUGACGCAACUUACAGAUGUUUUUGGGGAUGUUGUCACACCCAAGUGUCAUUAUUUGAUUCACUAUUCAAGACUGAUGUUAAUGUAUGGACCUCUGCGUUCACUUUGGUGCAUGCGUUUUGAAGCAAAACAUCAAUAUUUUAAGACUGUUGCAAGUAGCUGCAGAAACUUUAUUAAUAUUGCUAAAACUUUAAGUGAGAGGCACCAAAUGAGGCAAUGCUGGGAGUUUUCCCCACCUAAUAUUCUUGAUGAAUUUGAGAUGGUACAAGGUAGGAGUGUAGAGACUCCGUUUUCAUCGCUCCCAUUAGACCUACAAACAACUCUUACUAGUGUACAUGUAAAUGAAGAUUCAUGCAAAGACAUCCAGCGUGUUUCAGAAGUGACUAUUAACAGUGUAAAAUAUGCUUUAAAAGAUGUAUUCAUAGUUGAUUAUGUCCAUGCAGAGGAAAUUCCUUUAUUCUUCCAAAUUAAAUAUAUUUUAAAUAUCAAUACCAUAUGGCUUCUGUGUGGUAAACUUUUAAUCCCAAUAACUUAUGAUUCACACUUCCAUGCAUACUCAGUCAAAGUUGAUCCUGAAUGGAGUAUAAUUAAACCAGGGCAAGAGAUGGACUUUCAGGCCCUUGACACAUACUCUGUCGAUGAUAAAUUGUUUGUUAUUCUCAAGAAUGUUUAAAAUGCAAAGUUAAAAUGAAAUGUGUAGUAUUGUUUUUAGAAAAAGUUAAAUUGCUUAAUAUAUCUUAUUCUUAAAUGUUUAAAAUGAUUUUAAGGAGAAUACAAAGAUACAGUUAAAGGGAUAUGAAACCCAAAAAUGUUCUUCUGUGAUUCAGAGGACACCAUUUUAAAGAAGUUUACAAUUUACUUCUAUUAUCAAAUUUGCUUUAUUCCCAUGAUAUUCUGUGUUCAGGAGAUACCUGAGUAGGCAUCUAAAGCACUAAAUGACAGGAAAUAGCGCUGCCAUCUAGUGCUCUUGCAUAUGGAUACCAUUCUUGCAAAACUGCAACAUAUAGUGCACUAGAAAUAGUCCAGCUUCUAAGCAUACGGCCAUGCUUUUCAACAAACGAUACCAAAAGAAUGAAGAAAAUUUGAUAAUAGAAGUAAAUUAGAAUGCUGUAUAAAAUUGCAUGCACUAUCUGAAUCAUGAAAGAAAACAAUUGGGUUUCAUAUCCCUUUAAUUAAAUGUACUGUUUUGGUUUUUUAAAUGCUUAAUAUAUGUGAUCCUUCAUGUUUUAAGGGCAUAAAAGUUACAGUUAAAAUUUAAAUGUGUAGUACAGUUUUUGAAAAAGUGAAAUUGCUCAAUAAAUGUAUAUGCAUCCUGAUAUAUUAAUACGUUGUGAUGCAAUGCAUAAAUCAGUCAUCCUGUGAAAAAUGCACACAAAAAUGUGAAAAUGUACAUUUUUUAAAGGUUAUUUAUUAAAUGAUGGAACAUCA